AUGGAACCGGAGCCGACCAUUAGCGCUCUCCUCAAGGCUGUCACAGCCCUCACAGCCACAGUCGGGUCCCUACAGGACCAAAUCCGUAACCAAGGCCAACAGCUCAUUGAGCUCAAGGCCAUAUGCAAGGAGACCGCCGACUUACUUGGCGACAAGGACCAAGGAGGACCCCAAGUCCAAGCCAAGCCUGGCCCAUCGACUGGGCCUGUUACCCCUCCAACCCACACAGGGGGGGAAACCCACACUCCAGGCACGGUUAGGCCUGGGCUUAAGGCCCCUUUCAGGCCAUCAAGAGGAACAGGGUUUGAUUCAGAGGAAGAAGAGGAGCCCAGACGCCCCAAAAAGGAGCCUUGCGGCACGCCUAGGAGCCUCAGCUCCCUCACCCCAUUUGACACAGGAUCCAGCGUGAAGCGCCCCAAGAUGGACCUCCCAGAUCCUUACAAGGGAGAAGUCAGGGGUCAAAAAGCCACUCAAUGGCUGGAUAGGAUGAUGCUCUGGGUAGCCCUCCAUUGUGAUCAAUUUGACAAGGAGGAACAGAUGGUUGUGUGGAUCCUAUACCACAUGACUGACAAAGCUGCCAACUGGGCACUUCCCAUCAUUGGGACAAUCAUCAAGGGCGAGGGAAAUCCUCCCACCACCAUAUCAGCCUUGACGGCCAAAUUCAAGGAAGCCUUUGCGGAUCCCAAUGCCAAGAGGGCAGCCGCCAGGAAGAUCGCCGCGCUAACUCAGACCACAACCACGGCCAAGUAUGUCACCAAAUUCCGCAAUCUCAUGGCGGAACUUGAUUGGAACAAGGAAGCGUAUAUCGCCCAAUUCACGCGCGGCCUUCACUGGAAGGUCAAGGAACUGCUGUCUACCAAGGAUAGCAUCCCGGACAACCUCGAAGCCAUCUUUGCCGCGGCAAUUAAGAUUGACAAUAUCCGCUGCGAAAAUGAGGAAAACCGUCCCAAGAAGCUCCCCGCCAAGUCCCCGGCCACCGUGGCCACUACUUCCACUACCACCACACAACGGGUCCGCCUAUCGGAAGACCCCAAUUACGUUACCCCGGAGGAAAGGGACCGCCGCCGCGCGUCUGGCCUUUGUGUCAAGUGCGGCCAAAAAGGGCAUGGAAUUAAACAAUGCCCCAAUGGCUGGAAAGCCACAAUCAAGGAGGUUGCCAAGGUUGCGGAGGACGAGUUGGGAAAAGAGUAG